AGCGUAGUCUUGGCUAAAGCCAAUUUGUCUGAUCAGGCUCGUUCAACUCGUUUACAUAUUCCUACAUUCAACAAACAGAGGUUCACAACAAUAGGAACUGUAUCGCAAAUUAAUCCAUGCAGUAAUAAUGUAUCUGUGAUGAGUUUUGGUUGAGUUUAAGCUUGAAAAAUACAAAAACCUUCUGGACAGCUGACGCUAAUUAUUGGCUAUGGCUAAAGCUACAGGAAAUGCACUAUUGCUCUGUGGCGCUGUGUUUUGAAUCCAAAUCACAAAUCUGACAGCGACGAUUUCGCCAUGGAUCGAUUAUUUCAUGUUGUACUCAGACAUUUGAAUACAUCUGUUAGUGCAAGAAGUUAGCGAAGAUGCAGAGGCCGGUGUGGAGUCUCCCUCUGAGCUCUGCGGUCAUCUCCAAACUGAACAGGAGAGGCUAUCAGUGCACAGCGGACAUAGAGCACCUCACAGCGGGGCAGCUCAGCACAGAGACAGGUGUAAAAGAGGAGGAGGCGUCAGAAGUGUUGGAUCUGGUGGAUCAUCAGCGCUACCCUGUCUCCAUCACUGCACUGGAGCUGCUGCAGAGAGAAGCAGAGCUAAAGCCCAUAGUAACCUUCUGCUCUGAGCUGGACCGGGCACUGGGAGGAGGGAUUCCUCUGGGGAAGACCAUUGAACUCUGUGGAGUACCGGGGAUUGGCAAAACACAGCUUUGUCUACAGUUGGCAGUGGAUGUGCAGAUCCCAGAAUGCUUUGGGGGCCUGGGGGCUCAGUGCCUGUUCAUCGACACAGAGGGCACCUUCUUCCUGGAGAGGUUAAGAGAAAUGGCGGCAGCUGUGGUCAGACACUGUUCACUGCUCACAGAAGACCAGGAGCAGCAGGACGCCAUGAGGACCUUCACUGUGGAGAAGAUUCUCUCCAACCUGUUUGUGGUGCGUUGUGAUGACUCGAUGGAGCUGUUAUCUCAGAUCUCUGACCUCCCUGCGUUCCUGUCUGAUCACCCUGAAGUCCGUCUGAUCAUCAUCGACAGUAUCGCCUUUCCUUUCAGGCUCCAUUUUGAGGACCUACCCCUCAGAACUCGUCUCCUUCUUGGUGCCGCUCACCAACUCGCUGCCCUGGCAACCACCCGCAACACCACUGUGGUGAUGACCAAUCAGAUGACGACGCGGGUCCAGGGGGAGGGGUCACGGCUCAUCCCGGCACUGGGUGAAAACUGGGGACAUGCAGCAAAUAUUCGACUAUUGCUCCAGUGGAUAGACUGUAAACGCAUGGCGACCAUAAUCAAAUCAUCAAGUCACAUGUCCACUACUGUCCACUACCAGAUUAAUACAGACGGAUUCAGGGACCUAUCAGAGGCAAGUAAAAGGGCAAAAGUACAGACUGAAGAUCAGAAAGCUGUUGGAAAUAGUUAAUCACAAGCCUGAGCCUCGAUUAAAACAUCUAGUUUUUGAACAAGCAGGGAGCCAACCAGUAAAGUACAAAUUGUUUUUAUGUAAACAGAAAUGUUUUUAAAUAAAUCUCUGUAUUUUAU